AUGAACCCGGGCGCCGGCGGCUGGCCGACGCUCCGCUACUUCAACGCCGAGACGGGCGUCGGCGGCGCGCCCGUCGAGCGCAAGACGACGCAGAAGAUCUGCGACGAGUUCAAGGUGCCGGACCGCAUGAUCGAGGCGACGAAAGAGUGCAUGAAGGUCUGCAAGGUCGACGGCGAGGGCUGCGACGACGACGAGAAGGCCUACCUCGAGACGUGGAGGAGCCAGGACUACACCGCGGAGAUCGCCAAGCUCGAGGACCUCGCACCCGCGGAGGCGCCGGCGACGUCGGCGCUGGAGGCGAACACGAAGUCCAAGGGCUCGAACGCGUACUACUACGCCCACGCGAGCAAGGACUGGUCCGUGCCGGACAACGCGAAGAUCAUCUCCGGCGCGGGCAUCACGACGGGCUGCGGCCCCCAGCGCCUCGACCCGGAGCACGGCGAGGCCGCCGAGGCGUCGAGCCCCGCGGCCGGCGACGCCGCGCUCCGCGCGGAGAUCGACCGGCUGAAGAGCCGCGUGAGCGCGAUGGCCCAGCGCCGGGCCACGGAGACGCCGCUCACCAAAUACUCCUUCUCCGACAGCACGGACAACGUCAAGGUCUACGUCGAGGUGCCGCCGACGGCGCUCCACUCGCGGAAGACAUCCGACGACGGCGACGUGCGGAAUUGCAGCGACGCGGGCAUCGUCGCGCGGUUCCAGCGGCGGUCCUUCACCCUGGUCAUCGCCAAGCCCUCGGUGGACACGGCCGUCGACUCCGUCGAGCGCUACAAGCUCGACAUCUCCAACCUGCGCUACGACGUCGUCCCCGCGAAGUGCACCUACAAGCUCGUCGCGGAGAAGGGCCGCGUCGUCGUCACGCUCCGGAAGGCCGACGUCCUCGACGAGUGGACGUCCCUCUCCCUCAAGGGGGUCCUCUAG